AUGUCCGCCAUUCAGUUCAGCAUUGACAGGCCAUUUGGUGUCUACUUGUGGGAUUACUUUGACCAACUCUACACUGCCGUUGUUGGCAAGUCGGCUACGGACUUUGCUUUUGUAGAAGGAGAGACGCCCCUGUCCACCGUCCCAGAAGUUGCCAUUGGAUGUGUUACCUAUUUGUUGGUUAUCUUUGGCGGACAAUACAUGCUCCGUGAAUCUGGCCCAAGCAACCCCAAGUUUAUCUUUCGCCUUCACAACUUUUUGUUGACGAUUGUAUCCCUCGCUCUCUUGUUGUUGUUGGUUGAACAAUUGGUCCCUCAAUUGGCGCGUCAUGGUCUUUACUAUACCAUUUGUUCGGCAGAAGCAUGGACCGAGAAGCACGAAUUGCUGUACUACCUCAAUUAUCUUGUGAAAUGGUGGGAGUUGGCAGACACCGUGUUCCUUGUGCUUAAGAAAAAGAAGCUUGAAUUCUUGCACUAUUUCCAUCACAGUAUGACCAUGGUCCUUUGCUACACUCAAUUGGUUGGCAGAACCACUGUUUCUUGGGUGCCUAUUACGCUUAACCUUACUGUGCACGUUCUCAUGUACUAUUACUACUUCCGUACCGCAUCGGGUGCCAAGAUUUGGUGGAAGCGUUACUUGACGACCAUGCAGAUUAUCCAGUUUGUGAUUGAUUUGGUUGUCAUUUACAGCUGCACAUACACCUUUUAUGCCAGCAAGUAUGCUCCUCAUUUGCCCAACUUUGGUUCUUGUGCUGGAGGUGAAGGUGCUGCAUGGUUUGGUUGUGCCCUUCUUUCUUCCUAUUUGUUAUUGUUUAUCAACUUUUAUCGCAUGACUUACAAGGCUGGUAAAAACAAGAGCAAGGCUGCUGCCGCUGCUACUGCUGCUUCCACCACGGUCAAGAAGAGCAAGAAAAUCUAG